GUACUUGGGACAAAGAGGAAGUGGGCAGAAGAGGAAGCAACAGGCGGUGGGGAGGAGACAGGUGGGCAGGAGGAGAGGCAGCCACUGAGCCCGCCCGCGAGCGCGAGCAGGGGGCCUGCAGUCUGCGGCGGAGCCACGAUGAGCACCAGGGCAGGACCCCCAGAGUUGCAGGUUCUGGGGUUGCUGGCCAUGCUGGGACUGGGCACUGUGACGCUCACCUACCUCCUGUGGCAACUGCCCCUUCUUUCCACCGGGGGCCGAGCACACCCCCAGGGAGGACCUGCCGGGUCCUGGGGCCUUGGCUCCAGCCUGGCCUGGGAGCCCCUGGGAGGGGAGCCCCAGCAGCAGCCGCAGAAGGACUCCUGCCGCCUCAUCCUCGUGGAAAGCAUCCCCCAGGACCUCCCGUCUCUAACAGGCAGCCCGUCGGCCCAGCCCCUGGCCCAGGCCUGGCUGCAGCUGCUGGAUGCCGCCCAGGAGAGCAUCCACGUGGCCUCCUUCUACUGGUCUCUCACGGGCCCCGACAUUGGGGUCAACGACUCGUCUUCCCAGCUGGGAGAGGCCCUUCUACAGAAGCUGGAGCAGCUGCUAGACAGGAACGUUUCCUUGGCUGUGGCCACCAGCAGCCCGACGCUGGCCAGGAAGUCCACCGACCUGCAGGUCCUGGCAGCCCGAGGUGCCCAGGUGCGACGCGUGCCCCUGGGGAGGCUGACCGGUGGCGUUUUGCACUCCAAGUUCUGGGUGGUGGAUGGGCGGCAUGUCUACGUGGGCAGUGCCAACAUGGACUGGCGGUCCCUGACGCAGGUGAAGGAGCUCGGCACCAUCAUCUACAACUGCAGCCGCCUGGCCCAGGACCUGGAGAAGACCUUCCAGACCUACUGGGUGCUGGGGGCGCCAGAGGCAGUCCUCCCCAAACCCUGGCCUCGGAACUUCUCAUCCCACAUCAACCGCUUCCAGCCCCUCCGGGACCACUUUGAUGGGGUGCCCACCACGGCCUACUUCUCAGCAUCACCGCCCGCGCUCUGCCCCUCCGGCCGCACCCGGGACCUGGAUGCGUUGCUGGAGGUGAUGGGGGGCGCCCGGGAGUUCAUCUAUGCCUCGGUGAUGGAGUAUUUCCCCACAACUCGCUUCCGCCACCCCACCAGGUACUGGCCGGUGCUGGACACAGCGCUGCGGGCGGCGGCCAUCGGCAGGCAUGUGCGGGUGCGCCUGCUGGUCAGUUGCUGGCUCAACACGGACCCCAGCAUGUUCCCCUACCUGCGGUCCCUGCAGGCCCUCCGCAGCCCCGCAGCCAACGUCUCCGUGGACGUGGUGAGGACCUGCUCCCUGGCGGGACCGGGAAGCAGCCUCCCUGUCCCUGACACACCCUCUCUGCUCCCCAAGAAAGUCUUCAUCGUGCCAGUGGGGAACCACUCCAACAUCCCGUUCAGCAGGGUGAACCACAGCAAAUUCAUGGUCACAGAGAAGACGGCCUACAUCGGCACAUCCAACUGGUCAGAAGAUUAUUUUAGCAGCACCUCGGGUGUGGGCCUGGUGGUCACCCAGAGGGCCUCGGGCACCCAGCCGGGGGUGACCACUGUGCAGAAGCAGCUGCGGCAACUGUUUGAGCGAGACUGGAGCUCCCCUUACGCUGUCGGCCUGGAUGGACAAGCCCAGGGUCAGGACUGUGUUUGGCAGGGCUGAGGUCCAGCCCCUCCUGGCGGGGGGGUGGGGCCUGCUCCCCAGCCGGCCUCCCUGCGCGGCUCCCAGUCUGGACUCCAAGCAGCUCCACCCACACAAGCCCUGAUGGGGGGCAGGACUGCCCAGCGCGGGGCAGGUGCAGACCAUUUGCUCUCCCUCUGCUCUCCAAAUCCAGCCCCUCUUAAACCUCCACCUCUUCUGGGGGGUCCUCCAGAAUGUCCCUCCCUGACUCCCAUAGAGCCACAAUCCAUGCCCACAAGUGGGACCUUAAGAAAA